CGUGUUGUUUUGAAACUGUAUUUCCUUCGCAUUGUACCGGGGAGUUCAAGCCUUUCUAUGUUUCUUGGAUAAAGUACAGAAAUUUACAUUUAGUUUCCUUUUGCCCGCAUUCUACUGUUUCUAUCAUGUCCCGUGUGACCAAGAUUAAACAUGUGCUCAAGGAACAGGAAGCGGACGACUUCGAUGUGCCCAAAGAAAACCAACAAAUCGUGCGCAUUGUCGCUAGCCGGGGCAACAACCUGCACGAGGUGGAAACGGCACAGGACGGCGAGGAGCGGUUCCUGGUCUCGAUGCCGGUCAAGUUUCGUAAAAAUGUGUGGAUCAAGCGUGGCAAUUUCGUGCUGGUGGAACCGAUCGAGGAAGGCAACAAGGUGAAGGCUGAAAUUUGCCGCAUCCUCACCCCGGAACACAUCAAGGUGUUCGAAAAGGAAGGCGUUUGGCCGCGAAAGUUUAGCAGAAAGCGCGAGCUGGAAGAUGAUUUGGAUGAGGAUGGGCUAUUCCGAAAUACGAAUCGCAAAUUUCUAGCCCAGAGCUCGGACGAUGAUGAUGAUGAUGAUGAGGACGAUGAGGACGAUGACGACGACGAAGAGGACGACCAAGAGGAGGUGGAAAAACCGGAGGAAGGUGAAAAUGCCGCGUCAAGGGCAACCAAUAACGGACAGAAAUUGUCCUCGAUGGACCGAUGAGCCGAAAAUAAUCGAUUAGUAGUCCGGUUUUAUCUUGGUAUUAUGCAGCGAUGCGUUUAUUGUUUAGUUGUUAAGAAUUAUCAAAAACUGCUGAAGAUACAUAUGUUUGUACAUUUGUAA